AUGGUACCUGCGCGGCGUUUCUCGCUCGGCGGACCGCCGUCGCCCUUCGUCGCGACGCGUCGGAUCCAAUCCUGCGCUUUCGCCACGUCGGCCGGCCACGUGCCACGUGGAUCCGUCUCGCUGCAGCCGCUGCUAAAGAAUCGUGGGAGGCGCGGACUCUCCGUUGGGCGCGUAGCCGGCAAGAGUAACGGCGUCUUUGCUGCCGCGUCCGCCGCCGCAGGUGGUGGCGCAGAUAAGAGGGGCGAGACAACGGGGGAUGCGGAGGACCACGGAGGUGACGCGGCUAGCAAGGAGCACGCGGAAACGGGGGAUGCGCGGAGAAUUGCGGAGGGCGGAGAGCGGAUGGCAGGGGAGGAGGGGGAGAUGAGGGUCGGGGGAGAAGAAGCGGAUGCGGCGGGCGGAGCGGGGGAAGAGGGGGACGAUAUUUCGGGAGGUCUUUUCGGUGGCGGUUUUGGAAUGCAUCUGAAUUCUACCCGUUUCAUUUCGUCCCUCUCACUUUCCAUCCCUUCUCACCCUCGUGCUCCAUCCCCUUCUCCCCUUCUCCCUCUCUCCAUCCGCCUCUCCCCGUCAUUAUCACUGCCUCUCCCCGUCACUUUCUCCUUGCCUCUCAUGGCCCUGCUCUUCCCCUCCUCUCCACCCCCUCCCUCCUCCGCCUCCUCCUCUCCUUUCACCGCCAUCUCCUCUUCUUUCGCUUCGUAUAACCAAUCCUACUAUCAAGAUGACGAUUCUGCCGAGACUCUCCCGGACCUGGCGGCGAGGCUCGGGCUGGAUCACCCGAGCCACGAGCGUGAGCUUGCUGUGAGUGCCAUAUACGAACAAAUUGAGAGGAGGCCGGAAGUGGCAUCUGAACUGCUCUCUCUCAUGCUAAGUUCAUCCCCCUCUUCCACCACUGCUGCUGCUGCUGCUGCUGCUGCUGCUGCUGCUGCUGCUGACUCCCCCUCCUCCUCCGUCUCCCACGCGUCUCUCCCUCUCAUAGCCCUGCUUGGCAAUCUUCUACACACUAGCGCCUCUCAGUGGCACAGUGACCUGCAACGCACACCAGCAACCACUUCUGCUGCUGCUGCUGGUGCCGGUGCUGCUGGUGCUGCUGGUGCCGGUGCUGGUGCGGCUGCUUCUGCUUGGUGGAUGGAAGGGAUGGAGGACCAAGCACAGGAGGAGAGGAGGGGUUCUAAGGAAUCUGAAGAAGGUAUGUUCGAGGAAGCAGGGGCUACAGAUUUCGAUAUCACAGAAGCUCAAGUCAGGGAGCUAGAGGCAUUGCUACAGGCAGGAGCGAUACCAGAAGGGCAGUCGUCACCCCAGUCACCAUCACGACAAAUCCAACAAUCGGAGUCGCAAUCAGAGCUCCCGCGCCUUCCACGAGAGAGUGUGAUGAGAGCAGCCGCAGGAGUUCUCGCAGCACUAGCAGGAGCAUCAGCAGAGGGGCUACAAGCAGUGGUGCAAGGAGGCGCAGUGGAGGAAGCAGCAUCCCUGCUCUCCCUCCCACGCCUCCCCCAACCCGUCCGGUCCGAAACCCUCCCUCUCAUUUCCGCUGCUGCCUCCCUCCCUUCCCUCCGCCCAAAACUCGCCUCCAUGAACCUCCUCCCACCGCUCCUCACCGCUCUCUACGACCCAGAAGCGUCGGAUCCAGAGCUAGAGCACAUCCUAUCAACCCUGUGCUUGAUGGUAGAGGACCAGUCAUGCUGGCCUUCUAUCAUAGACCACCAAGCCGUUCCCCGAAUGGCGGCGUUUCUCGCAGCGAUCGACGCUGGCAACGGCACGGCGCCCCGGCACUCCCUGCGCCGCCUCCGCUCCUCCCUCCUCUCCCUCGCUCCCGACCCGUUCUUCCGCUCGUGCCUCCUCGAAAAUGACUUAUGUCUGGUCCCGCUGGUGGGAGCUGAUGCGUAUCGGUCUCUUGCUAGCGAAGGGGAGACGGUGAGGGUUACUCGGGUGCCGCCGUCUCUACCGCCUCGUCUUGCUGCUGCUGCUGGGGAUGUGCUGAAGGGAGCGCCUGUGGAGAGUACGUUUGGUGCUGGGAAGCUGCUAUUGGGGUUGGCGUUGGGGGGCAAUGGUGGAGGGUCGGGGGAGGGGGGAGAAGGGAAGGGAGGUGGGAACGAGCGGGUGGCAGCGCGGGCGCUGGCAGCAGCAGCAGAGCUGGCGAGAGCGGGCGAGGGCAACAGGCGCGCGCUGAGAGAUGCGGGAGCCGUGGUGCACGCGGUGCGGUGGAUGGGCGCCGGUGGUGCUGCUGUCAGGGCUGCUGCUGUUGCCGCAGUUGAGAGGUUGAGUGUCAGUGCAAGUGUGCGCCUGUCUAUCAUCCGCAGUGGGGGGGUAGGCGCGCUGGUGGCGCUGCUGGCAGCACAGGGAGGCGACAGGGAUGUGCGAGACAAGGUCGUGUCCUCGCUCCUCCGCAUGGUAUCAGAUGAAGAAGCAGCUGCCAAAAUGGCAUCCACCAUACCGUCAUUCAUCUCUCUGCUAAGGGAGGAGGACGCACAGGCCGGCAGAGAGGGCUCAGAGGCGGGAGAAGCAGCAGCUGCAGCAACAGCUGCAGCAACAGCAGCAGCAGCAACCGCAACACCAACACGAACACCACAAACGGCAGCAGCACAAACAGCAGCAGCAGCAGCAGCACCCGUCGACCCAGCAGCGAGAGCAGACGGGAGGGCAGCAGCAGAGUCCCUCCUCCUGCAGAUCUCCUCCCUGGUGGGCACGCCGUGUGAGAGCAUUGUGGCAGCAGGGGGCGUGCCUCCCCUCGUCGCCCUCCUUGCCACUGGGUCCCUCAAAGAGCGUGCCAUUGCCGCAGAGAUCCUGGGAAAUGUGAUUGCGGACCGACCCGCACAGGGGUGGUCUGAUCCUGAUGCUGCUGCUGCUGAUGUUGAUGAUGGUGGUGGUGCUGGUGGUGCUGCUGGGAGUGGUGGUGGUGGCGGGGAAGCGCAUGUGAUGGCGCUGAUGGCGGCUGGAGUGGUGGCGGCUUUAGAGAGUGUGCUGCUGCUGGCAGAACCUAAAGGUACGUGGAUGGAAGACGGGAGAGUGUGGAACGGGGUGGGGGGACGGGAGAGUGUGGAACGGGGUGGGGGGAUGGGAGAGUGUGGGACGGGGUGGGGGGAUGGGAGAGUGUGGGACGGGGUGGGGGGGUGGGAGAGUGUGGGACGGGGUGGGGGGAUGGGAGAGUGUGGGACGGGGUGGGGGGAUGGGAGAGUGUGGGACGGGGUGGGGGGAUGGGAGAGUGUGGGACGGGGUGGGGGGAUGGGAGAGUGUGGGACGGGGUGGGGGGAUGGGAGAGUGUGGGACGGGGUGGGGGGAUGGGAGAGUGUGGGAUGGGGUGGGGGGAAAGGGAGCACAGGGAAGGAGGAGAAUAGGAGAGGGGAUGUGGGGUCGGCAGCCUGGCUUCGUUUUCGAGACAUGAACCCAGACCCCAUCCGAGCACUAUCCUCCGCAUCAGCCUCCUCGCCUCUCUCAGCAGAGGCCGAAGCCGACCUCUGGGCAGCACAGGCAGCAGCCGCUCUCCUCGCUCGCCGCCUCGCCUCCACAGCAGGGGGCUCAGCCCGAGCCGUGCUGGCCGAUUCCCGCCUCGUAGACUGCCUCAAAACCGUUCUCCAGUCCUCUGCACCGCUGCAGGUGAAGAACAAGGUGUCCGAGGCUCUGUUAGUGAUUACUGAUGUUGCUGCUGAUGCCGAAGUUGCGGUUACCACCUUUGAUCUGAUUCCGCACCUGGUGGAAGACCUGUGGGGUGGAGGAGGAGAGAGUGGAGGGCAAGGGGAGGGAGGAGGAGGAGGAGCGUGGGGAGGGGAGGAAGAGGAGGGAGAGGUGGGAGAGGAGGUGUGGAGUGGAAUGGAGAUUCAUCCUACACUGCUUCCUCUCCCGGGAGGGGCUCUCUCUCCGCCACCGCCGCCGCCGCUGCUUCGGUCCAGUGCAUUGCUACCUCAGGCAGAGAGGAGGGAGAGAGCGGCUGUGCGGUUACUUGACCUAGCCCUUACUGGUAACCCAGGGUAUCUCCAGGCUAUGGCGCGGGCAGGUGCAAUCUUCCCUUUGGUGGAGAUUCUACGACAGAAACCCAGCAGCAGCAGCAGCAGCAGGGGGGGCAGGAUGGGUAGGCCAUCAGUGGCGUGUCAGCGUGCUGCUCUGGGAGUGCUGUAUGCGCUGGGGAGCAACGAGGAGAAUCAUGCGGUCAUGGUGGGAGCAGGGAUAGAGGAGGUGCUGGAGGGGAUUGUGAGGCGAGGGGAGGAGGGCGGGCGGUUUGGGGAUGGCCGGUGGAUGCUGGGCCUGUACCUGCUGCAGGGGCUGCGGGUGUGA